AUGGUUUUCAUGGAUAGUUCAGAAAUAACUACUUCUAUUAAAAGUGCAGUGCGUCACUUAAAACAACUGGGUGGAUCAUUUCAAACGAAUACAUUCACUGAAGCUGAUUUAAAUAAUAUUGAUCAAGUUGCUGAUACACUUAUGACAUUAGAAAAAGAAAUUUUGAAGUUGUAUAGUGAUUAUGAAACAGAAUCCAUUGAAUCUAGUCGACUUCGUCAUAGAUUGAAACUUCUACCAAUUAAUAUUAAAAAUGAAAUUCAAGCUGCUGUUAAAAUGGCAAGAGAAUCGAAUUUAAGUGUUAUUCAACAAUUGCAAAACGAUCUUGAUAUCUGUCUUCGUCAAGUACGUGAACAUACCGAACAAGAAACUCAAUUAAAUGCAGGUAUUCAAGCAUUACAAGCAGAGAAAAAAAGAUUACAAGAUCAAUAUACUGCAACAAUUAAUGAAGUUAAUCAACGUAUAUCUGAAAAGGCUGCAUUACAAAUUAGUUUAAAUGAAGCAAGAGACAAUGUUAGAGAUACGAACAAACAUACAUUCGAUUUAGAAGAAGAUAUAAUGGCAUUAAAAGAACAUAUAAUGCAAGAACGAAAUGAUGCUCGUAAAGAAAAAGCUCGUCUUGAAGGAGAAAUUACAACUACUACUAAACAAUAUGAUGAACAAGAAAAGGCAAAUCAAAAAUUGAAACAUGAUGUCGAUUUUGCUACUCAAAAAUUAUCCGAAAGUGAAAUACAAUUGCGUACAAUAUAUAGAGAACGUGAACGAUUUGAAAAUGAAAAUAAUGAAUUAAGACAACAUGUUGCUGAACAAACUGAAUCUUUUGAAAGGGAACAAAAAGAUCAUGAUCGUUUAUUACGAGAACAACUUGAAUUAACUGAAUCAGCUGCUCGAGCAUUACUCAGUUAUCAAGAAGAAAAAGCUUCAUGUGAACGUCGAGCUAAAGUCGCUCAUGAACAAACAAAUGCAGAAACAGAAAAUUUAAAAAAUCUUAAACAAAAACAUGAUGAUCUUGUUAAAGAAAUUGAAGAACGUGGUGAAAUAUUAAAAAAAUUAGAAAAUACUGUCGAAGAAAUGGGAAAAGAAUUAGAUAUACUCAAACAAGCUAUUGCAGAAAAACUUGAACAAACAUCUAAACUUAAUCAAGAAAACUCUGAAGCAACGAAACAACUUGAAUCAAUGAAACAAGCUCAUUCGAUGAUGAUUGAUUCAUUAAAAUUUCAAAUGGAAGCACUUGAAAAAGAACUACAAGCGGUUCGUGAUAUUCGAGUGACAAAACAAAAAGAACGUGAAGCAUUACUUAAAUCAGUUGAAAAAGUUAAAUUAACAGCAAAAGAUAAUGAUAUACGACAUAAUCGAUUUGUAACACAAACGACAGCUAAAAUAAAAGAAUUAACUGAACGAAAAGCAUUUCUUGAAAAAACUGCACGAGAAGAUCAAUUACUUAUAAAACAACUGGAAGAAAAAAUUGUACUAUUAAAAGAAGAAUAUCGACAAAUGAAAAUACAAUUAAACGAACAAAUUAAACUUCUUGAAGAAAGUAUUGCUCAAUUAGUAAUUACCAUUGAUACACAUCGAAAGAGAAUUGUUGAUUCAACACCAGAAUAUGAACAUCUUCAGGUAGAACAUGAAAAAGUAAGUGCAACGUAUGAAGCAGCGAAAGAAUUAAUGAUAGAAACAAAACGUAAAAAACAAGAAGUUCUCGAUAAAAUUGCCAAUGUUGAACGUGAAAUUCGAGAGAAGAUUAGAUCACGUGAUAUAACAAUAUCAGCUGUUAAAGAAUGUCAACGUGAAACGCAAGAACGUAUGCAAAAAGCACAUGAAGAAACAUUAAAACUUGAAGAAGAUAUUUAUGAAAAAGGUUGUCUAUUGGAAACAUUAGAUAAAGAAAAUGAACGAUUUCAAAAAAGUAUUGAAUAUUUAAAAUAUCAAAUUGAUAUAUACAAUCGAUUUACUCAACAAUCGGGUGUUGAUAUGAAUAAUAUUAAUGAAAAUAAUCUUAGUCUACUUGGAAUUCUUAAAUUAAGUUGGAAUGAAGAUCGACAAAUUGAACAAAGAGCAGCACAAAAAGAUUUAGAAUAUAUCAAUAGUUUAGCUGCUUUACUUAAACAUACAGAAAAACGUAAAGUAAAAGUUGGUUCAAUUGUUCAUCGUCUUAUUGGAGAAUUACAACAAUUAAAAUAUUAUCUUGAAGGAAUGGCAAAACCAACAACACCUCUUCGUCCAUUACAAUCAACUUCACAUAGUCAACGAAAUCGUUCUGGUCGUAGCAUAUCAAAUGAACGUGCACAAUCCUCACGAAAAUCACCAAGAUCAUCACCAGAUUUAUUGAAAACAGGACGACGAUCAAAUUCAGCUACACGAGGAGAUCGAUCGGCACGAACUCCAACACCAACACCAAGGAAUAAAAAUAAUUAA